AUGUUUACCGAAUAUAUAUAUAACCAGCUUCUUCAAAUAUACAAAACCAUCGGUGUUUCUAAAAGAUUUGAUCCUAAAGAAGAUGUGGUACUGGUUUUGGGUGGGUCAACUACACCUUUUGGGCAGAUACUAUGCCAGGUGUUGGUUCAUAAAUAUAAGACUAAGGUAGUAAAUUUUGACAGAUAUGAUGAUCCAAAUUGUCAUUGCCCAGGGUUAUAUCAUUUUAUUCGAUGUGAUUUUACACAAAGAAAAUCAGUUCACAAUGCUUUCUUUAGAGCUAAAUUAUUGGGGUUAUCGUGUACUGUUCUAAUAAACAAUGUUAAUGAGUUGUUGGAUGGGAUAACAGGUGAAGAUCCCUUAAAAAAUUGCAGGGAUAUAAUAAACGCUAAUUUAAUCAAUGUAAUGAUUGCUACUAAACUAUUUAUCACACAAAUAGUGCCACCUGAGAAGGACGUAUAUAUUGUCAAUGUAACAUCAACGCCAGGUUCUGAUGAAAGUAAUGAGGAGAUAUCAACGUAUUACCAUUUAGCUCAAGCUGGUCUUGUUCAAUUUCAUGACGGUAUGAGUAGUGAGUUAAACUUAAAGGAAAUCAAUCACGGAUAUUCUUAUAAACCUCUAUUGAUAUAUAUACCAAUUAAUAAAGAAAAAAAGGCAGAAAAGUUAGUCAAUGAUUUCAUUAAAGUUAUACUUGAAGGACGCCAAGGAAUUGAAUAUCUUUAUGUAGGUAUGAUGCAGAACUCAACCAUUCUUCAAAUGGUUGAAUAUUAUAAGAAGGUAUAUUCUCAUUGCGGACAAUGGUAA